AUGUUGACAAGGGGGAGAGCGAUAAUUUUUCAUAGGCAUUGCUAUUACCCCAUAUUUUUUAAUAUAAGAUACAAGUGCAAUUUGAAUAUUAAGAAGAGGAAUAAUAAUUUUUUAAAAAACAUAAGUAACAAAAAUGUUAUAAAUAAUAUGGAUUGCAUACAUUUAAUUGAAAACAUGAAAUAUGUAAAUGAAAAUAAUGUGAAUAAAAAUAUAAUUUUAUGUUAUAUAGAAAGAUUAAAAGGUGUGAAUGAUAUAUGGAAUGUAAAUAAGAUAUAUUUUAUUUUUAAGACAUUAAUAAAAUAUAAUAUAUAUGAUAUGAUAUUAUUAAAGAAAAUAGAAAAUAAUAUUAUAAAUAUAAAUAUGGUUGAUGAUAUAAAAAAGGAUUGUUAUGAAAAUAUUUAUAUUAUAAGAAUAUCUUAUGUAUUAUAUUCAUUUUAUUAUUUUUUAAAUGAUAAUAUUAAUCUACAAGUUGUAGAGAAAUUAAUUUAUAUGCUCAAUAAAAAGAUUGAUUACAUUAUAUAUCAUAAAGAUUUUUUUAAUGAGUUUAUUUUAUUUCAUAUUAGAAAAUAUAAUGAACAAAAUAAAGAUGUACCUUAUAAAAAGGAUACACCAUCUAAUAUUUUGUUGGAAGAUAUAAAGGUUGAUAUAAAUAAUGUGAUAAAUAAUGUAUCAAAUAUAUCAAAUAAAAUGUUAAGUAAUGUGCAUGAUAAUAUUACACAACAACCCUUGAUCUUUCAAUUUGAUAAGAACCAUUCUAAAGAUGUGUGUGUUAGAAAUAUAAAUUUCUAUGAGAUAUAUUUAACCUUGAUUACUUUAAAAAAGUUGGGAUAUAAUAAAAAUGAAGAACUUAUAAACAAGUUGAAGUUUUUAUUUUAUUUUAAUUGUAUUAAUUUGGAUAAUAAAAUAAAUGAGAAUGAUAUGAAAUAUAUCACUUUAUUGUUUAAUCUUUUUUAUGAGGACACAGAUUUAUAUUUGCUUAGCAUUGUUAAGUAUGUUCUAUUAAAAAAAAAAAAAUAUAUUUCUCCUCAGACAGAUGAAAAUAAAAAUGUGGGUAGUAUACAUGACAUGGCAUUAAUCAUGCUAACAUAUUAUAAUAAAAAAAAAAAAAAAGGACAAAAUAGUAAAUAUGAAGAGGAACACAAUCAAAAGAAUAUGAUGCAAAAAAAAAUAAGAGAAAAUGAUUCUGUUAAGGAUGGAUGUAGUAUAAAAAAUAAUAUUUUUGAGGAAAAAAAUUAUGACAUUAAAAAUAAAUAUAAUAUAAUAAACAUUAUUGAUAAUAUUUCUUAUUUAAGUGAGUAUGAAAAAAAAAAAUUUAAAUAUAUGCUUUCAUAUAUAAAAAGCAAAUAUGAUAAAAAUUACGAUUUAAAGGAUAUUAUAUAUAAUAAUGUUUUACAUUUAUUAUAUGAAAAAUAUGAAUAUAAUAUAAAUAUGGAUGAAAAGGACCAGAUAAAUGAGGAAGAAAAAGAAGAAAAGGAAAAAAAAAAAAAAAAAUAUAUAUAUUAUGAAAAUAUAAUUGAAGAUUUACAAAGUUUAAGUGAAUUAAUAAAAAUAUACAAUAGUUAUUUAAAAUAUGAUAUAGAUAUAUUAUAUUAUAUAUAUAUUAAAAAAUAUAUAGAAUAUUGUAAUAUCGAAACAAUAAUGAAUAUAUUUCAAGCUUAUAUUUUUGUAUACAAUAUUAAUAAUGAGAUUAACAAAAAUUAUAAUUAUAUUAUCUCAUCGGAUGAGAUGCAACAUAUGAAUGAAAAUAAAAAAGAAAAGACCAGAAAAAAAAAUGAUAAUAUUAAUAAUAAUAAAAAUAAUUUUAGUCAUUUUCCUAUUCAUAUACAUAAUAAUUUAACAAAUUUAAAUAAUAUUGUUAUACAAAUAAUUAGCUCUAAGUCUUUAUAUAGAUUAUAUCAUAUGUGUAAUAUUAACCAGUUAAGUCAUAUUCUAUAUUAUUUAUAUCAAAUAAAUAAUAUUAUUGAAAAUAAUAUAUAUGAAGAAUUAUAUAUUAACAAAUUAUAUAAUCAUAUAAAGAAUAUUAUACUAAUUAGAUUAAAAUAUUUUUUAAAUAAUGAGCAAAAUAAUAGGAACAUCAAUAAGUUUAAUGUUGAUCAUAAGGAGGAGGUAACAAAAUCGGUGCAUAUACAAUAUAAUAAUUUGGUGACAGAAAAAAAUGUGAAAAGGUUUUCAAAUGAUAACAGAUAUUAUAAUAACACAUCAUAUAAUAAUAUUAUAUAUAAUAAGGAUGAUAAUUUUUAUAACAAAGCUAGAAUGUAUGAUAUAUUAUCAUAUGAACAAAUGAGAAUUCCAAAAAAUGAGAAACUUGAAAAAAAGAUGAAUGAAGAAAAAAAAGAAUUUUAUGAACCUAAAAAUAUGUAUAGAUAUGAAUACACAAAUGAUAUAAUAAAUUCUAUUAUAUUAUUAUUUAAUAUAUUUAGUAAAAAAAGUGAUAGUAAAAAUAUAUCAAGUAUGAUUUUAAAAAUAUUGAAAAAAUCACAUUAUGAUGAGAGACAUUAUCCAUGUAGUACAUACAUAAACAUAUUGAAUUCAUUUGCAAAAUUAAGAUAUAGAAAUAUAAGUAUGAUACAUAUAUUAUUAUUAAAAGUUAAAGAAAAUAUAGAUACUUUACAUUUUUUUGAGUAUACAAAUCUUAUAAUAUCCUUGUCAAAGUUAAAUAUAGUUGAUACUUAUUUUAACAUUAAGGAUAACAAUCUAUUUAAUAUAUAUCAUAAAAUUAAAGUUAAUAAUAAGCAUGAUAUAAAUAAUAUAUUUUUAAAUGAAUAUAAAGAUAAUGAAAUAGAUGGAUUAAAUUAUAUAAAAGUUAUUAAUAAUUUAUAUGAUAUUCUUAAAAAAAUCGAUGAAAAAUUAUCUUAUGUUUCUUUCGUCCCAUGUUAUAAAAUGAUUCAUAUUAUAUCUAAUGUAUUAAAUAGUUAUAUCUUGUUAGGAUUUGAUAAAAUUCAUUUUAAGAAUAUAAAUAAAAUGAUUGAAUGUCUUCAUAAUUAUAUAUUUCAAUAUUUUAAUAACAACGAGAUACAUAAAUGUGAUGGAUCUAAUGAAAUGUAUUUUAUGAAUAAACAAGAAUAUAUAGAGACAAAGGCACUUAUAAAUGAUGACCUAAAUGAUUCAUAUCAAAUAAAUAAUAAUAAUACAAAUUAUUUUUUUCAUAAAAAUCAAUUCUGGUAUUUCAGUGAUAAAAAUGAUAUCAUCAUAACAAAAAGGCAAGGGGGAGAAGAACAAAAUAAAGAUAUUGAGCAGAAGGAUCAAAAUAAAUUUGAAGAAAAAAAGGAAAAAAAAAAAAAAAAAAAAUUAUAUUUACCUGUACAGUCAUUAUAUCAAAUAUAUUUAUUUUAUAUAUAUUUUAAUAUUUAUGUAAAAAAUUUAUUUACGUGUUACAUAAAAAAAUGUUCUGAUGAAAAAAAGGGUGUAUCUAAAGAACAUAAAGAAAUGAUAGACAUAAAAAAUGGAUAUAAUAAUACAAUUAAUAAUAUUGAUAAUAAUAUAUCAUAUAAUUAUUCUUCGUUUCAUACAUUGUAUAGUCCAUAUAUGUUUGAAAAAAAGAGAAAGACAAAUAAUGAGAAUAUAUUUGAUGGUUCAUUGCAUAAUAUUUUGAGUGAAAGUAGUAUAUAUUUAUUAAAUAAUAUAUUUUUUUUUGUUAAAUAUAUAAAUAAUUUCUUACAUAAAUCUUGUUAUAAAAAGUAUAAUUUUUUCUUUCCAUUUUUAAAUGAUUAUAUAAAAAAUGAAAAAAAAAAUGAGGACUUAAUUGAAAAGGUUAAAGCAU